AUUUCCCCACACACAUAUACACCUAUUGUGUGCUCCUACCGCUGGUAUGCUAAUAUCCAUAAUGUCUCCACUGGUGAUGUUCAUCCUCCCGGUCAUAGUUCCAGGUCUACAUGCUCUGCCUACAGGACAUAAAUACAAGGUUGUCAUUCCACAGCAAAUCCAUGCACUGUACAAAAGUGAUACUCAGGACCAAUAUCCACAUGUGGUUAAGUAUGAAUUACAGAUUGAAGACAAACCUCUGGUUAUACACCUGGAGAGGAAUGAGGAACUGGUAGCUGAUAGAUAUAUGGAGACAAGCUAUGAUCAGGAUGACAGACCGAUAAUGAUAAGCCCUAAGGGGAACAUAAAGGUAAAGUCAUAUUCUUUCUUGAUGAUGAGGGGACAAUUAAUAUUUCUAUGUAGAUGA